AUGCAGCCGCGACAGCCUCCGGCUGCUGCUCUUCGGUUGGCCAUGCUGCGGAUCUGCCAGCAGAAUGGAGUUGCUUACGCCGAAACUGCAGCUUUGGACGGGCUUUCGGGAGCAGCCUCUUGCUUCCUGCAGGACUUGGCUUGGCAUGCCAGGCACCAUGCGGAACUAGCAAAUCGGUCAAAGGUGGUUCGGACGGAUGCUGCGGAAGCGGCACGCGGCGUGUUGCCCGAGGACGAGGAAGAGACGGCAGGAUGGGUGAACCCAGCGCUCCCAGGUGUGGAGAACAGCGGCAGCUCGCUUUUCGAGCGCGAAGGCGCAAAAGGCCGAGACUAG